AUGGCAGAGUUGAACGUCAGCGAGAGGCUCGCCCUCAUCACCGAGAAUCUCCAGGAGGUUCUCAACCUGGAUCUCAUUGAGACCAUUCUGGCCGAGGGGCGGAACCCAAAGAUCUACUGGGGUACCAGCCCGACCGGCAAACCUCACUGCGGCUACCUGGUGCCGGCUGUGAAGAUUGCUCAGUUCCUCGCCGCGGGCGCAGAGAUGACCGUCCUGAUUGCGGAUCUGCACGCCAACCUGGAUUCGCUCAAAUCCACAUUCGAGCAGGUUGAGUACCGGGCGAAAUACUACGAGUUCACCAUCACCGCUUUGCUCCAGGCUGUCGGUGUGUCGACUGAGAAGCUGCGCUUCGUCCGCGGUUCCUCUUACCAAAAGAACAUGGACUAUGUGAUGGAUGUGUACAAGCUGUCCUCCCUGGUUUCGGAGCACGAUGCCAAGCGUGCCGGUGCGGAGAUUGUCAAGCAGUCCUCCAAUGGCCCUCUGAGUGGUCUCUUGUACCCUCUUCUCCAGGUUCUCGACGAGCAGUACCUGGACGCUGAUGCUCAGUUCGGAGGUCUUGACCAGAGGAAGCUGUUUGCCGCCUCCACGGAAUGGCACCCCAAGCUUGGCUACAGGAAGCGCGCUCACCUCUGCAACGCCAUGGUGCCCGGUCUUUCCGGUGGCAAGAUGAGCUCUAGUGAAGAAGACAGCAAGAUCGAUCUCCUCGAGUCCGUGGACAGCAUCAGAAAGAAGAUCCGCAAAGCGCAGGCCGCUCCCAAGGAGACCGACAACAACGGUAUUCUCGCAUUCGCACAGUACGUCCUUCUUCCGGUUUCGACCCUGAAGAACGGACGUCCCGAGUUCCGCGUCAGCCGUGAGAGAGACGGCCUGGAGCCUCUUGUGUACACCAACAUCGAGCAGAUGCACGAAGAUUACAAGAACGACAUCCUGUCGCCACAGAUCCUCAAGCCCGCUGUUGCGGAGGCUAUCAUUGAGCUUACCGCUCCUAUCCGGGCCGCCUACGAGGCCUCGCCUGAGUGGCAGGAGGUGACGCUGAAGGCCUACCCUCCUCCGGCUCCCAAGCAGAAGAAGGAUAAGAAGAAGGACAAGGGCUCUCGCCACCCGGGAGCGGCCGCCGGUGCCAAAGAAGAGACCCCUAAGCCUGUCGAGCAAUAGACUAGACUAGAGAUCUAGAU